CCGUAUCACUUUGUGGCUAUAGUAACUAACCUUAGUGACAAGCCAGAUCAUCCCACUGCGUGAAGUCGUUCGGCAAAUAUGUCUGCUACGGAUGUAGGCGGUUGUGGACCCGGAGCAGGACCCAGUUCGGGUGCUGGGUCCGGGGCAUCAAACCCUCGAAAAUUUAGCGAGAAAAUAGCUCUACAUACCCAACGUCAGGCUGAAGAGACUGCUGCUUUUCAGGAGGUUAUGAUGGAUAUCACCUCUACCAGGAUCCAGGCUCAGAAAGUGCGUCUGGCUAGAACCCAGGGCCCCUACUAUGGGGGCUCCCUACCCAACGUUAAUCAGAUCGGCAGGAACCCAGGCGACUUUCAGGGUUUGUUCCACUCUAACCUGGACUCCAGUCGCUCCACACGGCACCACGGCCUGGUAGAGCGGGUCCAGAGGGACAGACGCUUCAUCUCCCCAGGGCGUCCCUACAGGAAACAAGUGGACAGCUCUCCGUACAACUCAGCCUAUCUGUCCCCGCCUCCGGACACCAGUUGGAGAAGGAACUGUUCGGGCAACUUCCCAGGAGACAAAAGCCAGUUGUUUCGCCUCCCCACCAUGGCACUCAACAGGACCAACUCAGACUCUGCCCUCCACACCAGUGUGAUGAACCCCCCUGCAGGAGACCCCUUCAACGCUGGACACACACUCACCCUUCAGGGCAGACUCACUGGUCAGAGUGAAGGAGAGGGGAGAAGAAUGUUUCCGUACCCAGUUCCCCCCAUUGAGGAGAACAUUCUGGAUCAGGGCAAACUGCUUAAGCCCUGGGACACCAAGAAGUUGCCCCUGUUGUCUUCUCGACCCAAGUCCUGUGAAGUUCCCGGUAUCAAUAUCUUCCCCUCCCCUGACCAGCAGUCCAGCACCCCCCAUGCUCCCUCAGCCCUGAACACGGGGGGCUCCCUGCCCGACCUCUCCAGCCUGCACUUCCCGUCACCGCUGCCCACCCCGCUGGACCCAGACGAGCCGGGCUACCCUUCGUCCCUGAGUGGGGGCAGCAGCACGGGCAACCUAGCCUCCACCCUGACCCAGCUGGGCAUCAAUGCCAGCAACGCCUUCUGCCACUCGCCAGGUCUCCUGCUAUCUCUUCAGGGGACUCUCAGUAACCCCUCCCUGCAGUCCUCGCUAAGCAACCCCAACAUCCAAUCAUCUCUCAGCAGCCACUCCUUCCCCAACUCCCUCAGCUCCACCUCCUUGCACUCGUCGCUUAGCAACCCGUCCCUGCAGUCCUCCCUUAGCUCCUCCCCCUCCCUCCAGUCUUCCCUGAGCAACCAAUCCCUGCACUCCUCCCUCAGCAACUCCUCCCUGAGUGGCCAGUCCCUCCACACCGCAUCCAGUAACCCUAGUUACAAUAGCGGGGUGGGAGGGUCCGGCUCGUGCUCCUCUUAUUCGCCACUGCUAACUAGCCAGGGGCAGUCGCCUCUCAGCACGUUGCCACGGAGACGAGCUCAGCUCUCCCCUCUGAUCCUACCCAUGGGAGGGGAGUCUCGCCGACACCACUCCAAACAGUUCUCCCCCACCAUCUCUCCUAACUUGUCCUCCAUAACACAGGGUGUCCCUCUGGACACCAGCAAACUCCCCAUGGACCAGAGGCUCCCUCCCUACCCCUUCAGCCAACCCCAGCAGCAGCUUCAUCAGCCAGGUCCUCCAGCAUCCCAUCAGCCCCAGCAGGCCUCUCAGGUAGGACAACAGCUCUCCCAGCCGUCCGUCGUACUGCAACAACAAAAUCAACAACAGCAUCAACACCAUCAGCUGCAUUUGCAACACCAGCUGCACCAGCAGCAAUGUGCCCAGUCUCAGCAGGCCCUCCAGCAGCUGCACCUGCAGAACCUGCGCAAUGCCCAGAACCAGCAGAUGCAGCACCUGCAGCAGCACCAUAGGGUGUCGGUCAAAAUUGAGAAGCAGGGUGAGCAGGGCCAGAACUCUCAGUGCCUGCAGACGCAAGACCCGCAGUCAACCCAGCAGCAGCAACAACAACAGCAACAACAACAACAACAACAACAGGACCAGCAAGACCAACUGCAGCAGAUGGAGCAGCAAAGGCAGCAGGGAAGUCUUCCCCAGCUGCAGCACAUCAGCCACUCCCUGGCCACAGACCUGGGCCUCUACAACGACACAUUACUGUUAAACUCUCUGUUGGAUGAUCCCUACCUGGGCCUGCAGAUCGCCUCCAGACAGAACCAGCAGUUCAACAUGGAGACUCCGGGAGACAGCCUGUCGUUCAACCACGGUGGCUUGGGCUGUGGGAGUGGUAGAAAAGGCCAGGAGGAAUCCUACCACCCCAACCAUGGCUUCCUGGAGCUCCACGACUCAGGGGAUAGGCAGCACUUUAACAACCAGAACUUUGGGGGAGAGGGAUGCCACAACGUCCCUAACAUCAUCCUCACAGGAGACAGUUCGUUGGGCCUUUCCAAGGAGAUCGCCAGCGCCCUGUCCCACGUGCCAGGGUUUGAGAUGGACUCAUUUGCUCUGGAACCCCUCAGGAUGGACCCCCUGGCCCUUGAAGGGCUGGGCAUGCUGGACGGGGACUUCAUGCUGACCGACCCCGCCGUGGAAGACUCCUUCCGCUCCGACCGCCUCAAGUGACCCUCCCCCAGGAGUGGAUACGGAGGAGUGAGGAGGGAAGGGGGUUGGAACGACCCCAGACUGAAGUGGAACAGGUGGGGUUGAGCCCUGCUUUGUUUCCCCCUUCUUGGCGAUUGACCCAACCACAGCAUCUGCAAAUAAAAGGUCAGGUGGGAGGUUUUGGACAGUCUAGUGCAGGGAUCUCUGACUGGUCACGGAGAGAAACUGGGAAGCAGGCUGUUGUUCUACCACAGCACUAAUACACCUGUCAAUCUUAAAUCUGGAUCUUGAUUAUUUGAAUCGGGUGUGUUAGUGCUGGGCUUGAAUAGAAUUCUACAUGCUCUCCAGGACCAGAGUUGGAGGCACCUGGUCUAGUGGGGACGUCUCCACAUGCUUUUUGUGAGGUGAUGUGGUGGUGGGGAAGGUUGGAGGACAGGACUGACAUGUCAGUGGUGGAGCAAGUUCGUUUAUGGUUCUUUCCGCUACAUCCAGGCAGUUAUCGAAAAUGCACUUGUGAUGCUUAAGAGAAAAAAAGAAAAUAUGGGCAUUAGCUUGUACGAGUCUUAUCUGCAUGUAAACAAAUGCACUUCGGAUAAUGCAUAAACGCAGGGAUCACGCAUGAGGUCAGUUACACUUGAAAAUGCCGUCUUAAAAAACAUACCAUAUGCAUUCUCUGAGACAGGACUUUCCCGACUGGUCUUUCGGCUUUGUCUGUCUGUGUUCCAUCAUUCCAACGCCAGUAUGGGGAGGCUGGAAUAUCGGCCAUGUUCGCCAUCUUUCUACUGCAAGAACACACAGUAGAUCUGGGUUAUUUUCUGGAUUACAUCAACCCAACCAGAGACUGUUCAACCAAUAGUUGCCAAUUGACAUGUCAUUAAGUGUUUCCAUUUGAUGUAAGUUUGGUGAAGGUAAUUCAAUGGCGGGCCUUGCUAGCUAUAGUUCAGAUAUGGUUCAGUCUUUCAACGGACAAGAGAAGAGUUUUUGUUUUUGGAGAGGUGACUUUCUCAGUCCCUUGGGACAAGUUGGCACUUAUUCAUUUUAGUGUCUGGACGGCAUAUCCGUCUGUAAGAUUAUCACUGUGUCUGUGUUCAAGACCCAGAUAAAUUGACCUUUCUCAUUUAACGUCUGUUAACUUGAAUCGUCUUGAUGGUUCCUAAUUGAAAAAAAUGUACUAAAUCAAUCGUCUAAGGAUAUUGUCCUCAUAUUGAACCAAGUAGUCCACAGAAUCCAUUAUCCAACUCUCCUGUCUAUAAAAAAACAACACAGAAAAUAACACAUUUCAUUGCACCUGUCUGGUGUGUGACAAAAUAUUUUUGUAUUUUUUUAAACAUUUUUAUAUGUCCCAACAUGACUGCUGUUGCCAUUCUGCCAGCCUGCUUCUAUACCAUUGAGCUUCUCAGUAAGUUUAAGCUGAGGACCUUUUGCUAUGUACCACCCCUGUGUGCCUGCUAUCUUCCCCUCAGAUCUUAGACCUACCCCCUUCUGCACAUUUCCUUUAAAGCAACUAGGGACUGUUUGUUUUUAAAUGUGCUAUUGACAAAGUGUCUGCCUUCCAUCAAGAGAAUUGGCAUUGUUGAUAUGAAAAAGGCAGAGGAAAAGGAAAAGCCCUCAAUACAUUUCAAUUACAUGAAUUGGAGUUGUAUGUUUUAUCAUUGAGUAAUUGGGAAACGGCAAGGCCAAAACCAAGUAGACUAAUGCAUAGCAACAUUUUUGCCAUAGUAUAUAUUUUAACUGCUACUACUAUCCUAAGGCCUUGGAGCUUUAGUGUCCGUUUUAGUCAGGUAAUCCUAGCCACUGUGAUUGACACCUCUAACCCCUCCCACCUGCUGCACCUGUCUUGCCAGAGCCAGAUUAUAGUAACAUAUUUUUAUGUAACAAAGUAGUUAUUACUAUGAAGUUUUAUUUUUUAAUUAAAGGUGGUCUGCCUUUGUAUAUAAAUGGAUAAAUAAUUGAGAGUAUAUUUAAGAAGAGAAGCCUUUUGGUUGCGCAACACCCUGAAACCGGUUGCAUGAUUUGAAAAGCAUCAGGUUCUGAAAAAUGUAGUCCAUUUGCUAUGCAAAGUGUUCUUGUGCAUGUCUCUCGUGUGACUGUCUGGGAGUUGCCAAAUACAUUUUUUUAUUUAGUACAUUUGCAAGUAGUACAUUUGCAUCAUACUAUUGUAGUGAAAAUACAUUUUUUUUAAACUAAUUUUUGGGGGCUUUUUUAUUGGUUUUUAAAUGGUCAUAUUUUGCUUUGGUGACAAUGUUUGAUAUUGGUGUCUGAAGACUACUGUAAGUUUAACAUUGUGUGGCAGCAACAGGAAGUUAGUGCUUGAGAUAAUAUCGUUAAACUUUCAUAAUGACAAAGGUUAUGGAAAUCAGCCCUUUUUUCCAGUGUGGACUGAAAGAGGCCAUGUUUGACAGACUUAAUAAACACAAGCAUUGCAAUUUGGAUAUAGAAAGCUGUAUGCAACUGUUAAAUCAUAGAUUGGUGGUAACAUCCAUCCUAAAAUUAAGUAGUGCUGUUCUGAAGUUGUGCUAACAUAGAGUUUAACCCCCUUAUUGACAGAUAUUGAAGUACCUCUAAUUACCGGUGUGCUUUAUUUCAACCAUAUCGCUUUUACACUGAUCAUAUGAGCCAAAUGCAAAUAUUUUUUGACAGGAGUGGUGGUUGAAGUGGUUUGACUAUCAAACCUAUGGUAAAACCCAUUCACGACUGCCCCCUAUCCAACAGUAAUAGUGUGGGUUUGCAAAGUCUCCUUUUACCACUGUGAGCCAAUGUUGUGCCUCGAUGUAAACUCAGCAAAAAAAGAAACGUCCUCACUGUCAACUGCGUUUAUUUUCAGGAAACUUAACAUGUGUAAAUAUUUGUAUAAACAUAACAUUCAACAACUGAGACAUAAACUGAACAAGUUCCACAGAUAUGUGACUAACAGAAAUUGAAUAAUAUGUCCCUGAACAAAGGGGGAGAGGGGGAGGGUAAAAUCAAAAGUAACAGUCAGUAUCUGGUGUGGCCACCAGCUGCAUUAAGUACUGCAGUGCAUCUCCUCCUCAAGGAUUGCACCAGGUUUCCGAGUUCUUGCUGUGAGAUUUCUGGGGGGAAUGGCCCUAGCCCUCACCCUCCAAUCCAACAGGUCCCCAGACAUGCUCAAUAGGAUUGAGAUCUGGGCUCUUUGCUGGUCAUGGCAGAACACUGACAUUCCUUUCCUGCAGGAAAUCACUCACAGAAUGAGCAGUAUGGCUGGUGGCAUUGUCAUGCUGGAGGGUCAUGUCAGGAUGAGCCUGCAGGAAGGGUACCACAUGAGAGAGGAGGAUGUCUUCCCUGUAAGGUACAGGGUUGAGAUUGCCUGCAAUGACAACAAGCUCAGUCUGAUGAUGCUGUGACCAUGACGGACCCCCCCACCCCCCACAAAUCUGUCCAGCUCCAGAGUACAGACCUCGUUGUAACGCUCAUUCUUUCAACGAUAAACGCGAAUGAGACAAAACCGCGACUCGUCAGUGAAGAGCACUUUUUUGCCAGUCCUGUCUGGUCCAGCGACGGUGGGUUUGUGCCCGUAGGUGACGUUGUUGCCGGUGAUGUCUGGUGAGGACCUGCCUUACAACAGGCCUACAAGCCCUCAGUCCAGCCUCUCUCAGCCUAUUGCGGACAGUCUGAGCACUGAUGGAGGGAUGAUGAGUUCCUGGUGUAACUCGGGCAGUUGUUGUUGCCAUCCUGUACCUAUCCUGCAUGUGUGUUGUUUGGCUGUACCGAUCUUGUGCAGGUGUUGUUACACGUGGUCUGCCACUGCGAGGACGAUCAGCUGUCCGUCCUGUCUCCCUGUAGCGCUGUCUUAGGCUUCUCAUAAUACGGACAUUGCAAUUUAUUGCCCUGGCCACAUCUGCAGUUCUCAUGCCUCCUUGUAGCAUGCCUAAGGCACGUUCACGGAGAUGAGCAGGGACCCUGGGCAUCUUUCUUUUUAAUUGCCUACCGUCUGUAAGCUGUUAGUGUCUUAACGACCGUUCCAUAGGUGCAUGUUCAGUAAUUGUUUAUGGUUCAUUGAACAACAUAGGAAACAGUGUUUAAACCCUUUACAAUGAAGAUCUGUGAAGUUAUUUAGAUUGCUUCGAAUUAUCUUUGAAGACGGUGUACUGAAAAAAAGGACGUUUCUUUUUUUGCUGAGUUUAUAUCUUGCUUCUUACUAGGCUGGUGGUGUUGGUAAGACCACAAGUCAUUUUGAAGAGUCAUAAUCAUGCAUUUCCAAUUUAGCCAUUUAAUGAGGAGGUAUAACAAAUAUCAAGUUAGCGUGAAAAUCAUAUUUGAAAGUGUUAGAAGUUUUUCUGCAUUGCUUAGUCCUGUGUUCCCUAUUUUCUGUGGCAGGUUUCCUGUAUUUUCAGAUUUAGUUUAGUUCUGCACUGUGGACCAUUCCCAACCAAAACUGAAAAGAUUAUUUUGAAAUUAUAUUUGAAUUGAUAGGCUAUAUAAUGUAGAUUUGAAUGAGUCCUUUUUUAAGUGGACUGUAGGGUAGAGUGGAUGAAAUGUCUUGUCUGUUUAGAAGGAAUCAUGUAAGUGUGGCUAGUAUAUUUUAGAUUGGGUCUGAAGGGUAUUCUGAUGAAGUACCAGUUAGUUUCAGGGUCAGCGCUGGCAGUUGACUCGAGAGGUGUGAGAACAGACUUGAAAUGCAGAGAAAGUAAUUUUAUUGUUUUCACUGUUAUUCUGCACUUUGUCAUUUAAAAACCCAAGAGCACGCCCGCCAUUGGUUGUCUUGCUUGAUUAGUCCAUGGUGAUGCAUGUUUGCUCUACCAGUUGUUUGAUUUAGAAUCUGUGACAAUGUUACGCAAUGCCUCCGAGAGAUAUCACUUUGCCAAUAUAGUUGGCUUGUUGAAAAAAUUUCUAAAGGCAAUUAUUUAAAUGUUUUUUAUUUUACUUUUAUUUAACUAGGCAAGUCAGUUAAGAACAAAUUAUUAUUUACAAUGACGGCCUGCCCCGGCCAAAGCCUAACCCGGACGACGCUGGGCCAAUUGUGUACGGCCCUAUGGGACUCCCCAUCACGGCUGGUUAUGAUACAGCCUGGAAUCGAACCAGGGUCUGUAGUGACACCUCUAGCACUGUGAUGCAGUGCCGUAGACCACAAUUAUCAUGUGUAUCCUAAAGUUUGAAUGUGUACACUGCAGUUUUUAGUUACUGAGGAAAGGAGAAAUAUGUGCUCUUAUGUUUUCCCCCUCAGUAUUAGUUAGUUAUACCAAGUUAAUUUGUCUAGUCUUGGCAAUUCUUCACAGCUGCAAUUUGAUGUUUCAGCUGUCAAGCUUAUAGAGAGCAAUAGUAAUGUGUUUUUUUUGUAGGCACUAAUGGAGCUAGGCUUACUCCACCAUGUCUUGCUGGCCAAAGCCUAUGGAUAAAUUAUUUUGGAGUUUGUUUUGAUAAAUACAAAAAACAAGGCCUGUGUGAUCUUACGUUUUGUUCUAUGAGAUCAUCUUCAUCACCUAAAGUACAUUUUUUGUGAAUUUUGAAGCAUUUAUGUAAUCAAAAUAACCACAAAGGGUUCAUAAUUCAUAAAGGUCAUGUUAACAGACACAUAUCUCAUCGAACAAAGCAUAUACAAUCAUCAAAGGAUGUGUUAAUUAACCUCAGACCUUAUUUGCGGCGUUUAGCCCCAAACCUCAUUAAUUUCCACUAUAGGAACGGCUGAACGAACCUGAGGUUUCAUUUCCGAUUUUUAGGACUACAUGGAGGCUCUGCGCUCACAACUUCAUAGAUCUCUCAGCAUUAUGCAAUAACAUUGUAGUUGAAGACCAUGCACGGCAAUAACAUUGCCAGUAGGGGUUGCUGUUGAACAGUGAAGUUAUGUGUGAUAGGGAUCAGUCAGAUGGCCAUGUUAAUUGCUGUUAUUGUUCAGUGUAUUUUACGGUUGUAAUAAAAACAUUUUUGCUUUAUGUUUAGGGUCAAAACCAUAUGUAUUUUGCGUUUUCAGAGGAAUACAUUUAAAUGUUUAUUUUAAGUGUUUAAUUUGUAAUAUCCAGGGAACCCAUGUAUGUUGUAAAUACUGUUCCUAAACCACUGUGCAUCUUAAACCUAACAAGAAAAUUUGUACCUUAACAUUAUUUUACAAAAAAUAAAAAAUCCUGUCAAAG